AAUUUUGAACGCACCCUCGCUCGGAAGUGAAAAAAAAAAAAUUGUGUGUGCGAGCCGAUUUUAUAGGUUAGGCACGUGGUUGACAAAACAGAUUUUAAUUGUUUAUUUCAUAUAAUUUAACUGUUGCUUUUUGAAAAAAAUGUCUUUUCGUGGACGUGGUGGAGGAGGAUUUGGUAGAGGAGGAGGAGGAGGUGGUGGUGGAUUUCGAGGAGGCAGAGGAGGAUUUCGCGGAGGUAGAGGUGGAGAUCGAGGAAGUAGAAAUUUUGAUCAAGGACCACCUGAUAGUGUAACUCAACUUUGUCAUUUUGAAUGGACAGCGCAGGAUGAUUUAAUUGCAAAAGUUGAUAUUGAACAGGUCCCUUAUUUCAAUGCUCCAAUUUAUUUAGAAAAUAAACAACAAAUUGGUAAAAUUGACGAAAUUUUUGGAAAUAUUAGAAAUUUUUAUGUGUCCAUUAAAUUAUCUGACAAUAUGAAAGCGUCAAGUUUUGAAAAAGAUGCACAGUUUUUCAUUGAUCCGGCGAAACUCUUACCGCUUCAGAGAUUUCUUCCAAAGCCUCCAGGUUCGGUACAAAAGAGAGGAGGAGGUGGACGAGGAGGAGGUCGAGGUGGAGGACGUGGUGGAGGUCGUGGAUCUUUUGGUGGAGGUGGACGUGGUGGAUCUUUCGGUGGAAGAGGCGGUUCUUUUGGUGGAGGCCGCGGAGGCGGAUUCAGAGGUGGACGAGGUGGCGGUGGAUUUAGAGAUUCCGGAAGAGGUCGAGGAGGAGGAGGUGGAGGAGGUAGAGGCCGAUGGUGAAAAUUUAAAUCGAAAUUUUAGAUUAAGUAAAAGAAAAAAAGCUAAAUUUAUGGAAUUAUCGAUUUUAAAUUGACAAAUCUAAUAUUAAAAGAACUAAAAAGAAAAAGAGAAUAUUUUUUUUCUCCGAGACAAAAUGAAUUUAAUUUUUUUUAAAAGAUUAUGGAUUUAUAUGAUAAACAAAAACAAAUUUUUUGUGAAAUAUUAAACGAGAUUUAUUCCAUAAUUUUACAAACUAUAUUUAUGUAAUAACGAUGAUUUUUUUUUCAUAAUAAAUAAAAAUAUUUGUUUUAUA